GAGUAGCGUCAGUUAGCUAGCUAGCUAGGCUAUCAACUAACACACGGAAUAUGCUCCAUAAAACAGCGUAUAAAUGCCACCAAAAAGAAAAGGACCUUUGCAGCUUGUCCAGAGAGAAGUGGACGAAAUCAAAAAGCAGGUUGACAGCCUGUUUAAGGAUGUGCAGAGUCAGGAUGGAUCCACUGAAGAAGCAUUACGCAGAUGUCAAGAACUGCAGAUGUCGGCAGAGAAGACACAAAGGACACUGAGGAACCUGACCAAGGCAGAUGAGCUGGCUCCAGUGGGGAACUAUGAUCAGAGGAAGCAGGAGGAGGAGAGACGACUGCAGAACAUCUUGGAGCUUGUAAACACCCUCUCUCUGAAGCUUUCACCACCAGGACCCAGUACUGCUGCAGGUGAUGAUUCAAAGGAAGACAGCGAGGAGGAGGAUGAUGACGAAGAUGAUGACGAAGACAGUAGCGAUGCCGACGAUGGCGGCAAUGAUGAAGACAAGAAGCAAGCUGUGAAACCGCCCUCUCAGUCAGACCCUCGUGUCUACACAGCCCUGAGUGAUUUCAAAGGAGAACAGGAGGGAGAUCUGUCUGUGCAGAGGGGGGACGUGUUGAGGAUUAUCAGGAAGACAGCAGAUGGAUGGUGGCUGGCUCAGGACGCUAAAGGCAACAGAGGAGUGGUUCCAAAAACCUACCUGAAGAUUGGCUCUAGUGUCGAUGAUGAAGAAGAUGAUGACGAUGAUGGUGAUGAAAAUGAGGAGGAGGAGGAGUCAGAAGAGGAGGAAGAGCAAGAUGGUGAAGAAUUGACUGAUGACCAAGAGAAACAGAGUUCUCCACAUUCCAACUGGAGUACUGUCAGAAAGGCUUUGACCAAGAUUGAUGCAACAGAUGUGCUCUCUGCCAUGGGGGCUAUACCUUCAGGAUUCAGACCAUCAACUCUCAAUAAACUGCUGGUGGAGGAAGGUAUAACAUACAGAGGAAGUCACUAUAUUCAGCCACAGCUCAGCCAGUCGCAGCUGUCCUUCAGUGACCUCUUCCUGGAUCCAGACACGGGCAGGGUUCGUGCUCGGCAGGUCAGGACUUGUGUUUGUUUCAGUCUGUGGAGCUGCAGGAUGAUUCCUACUCCUGGGGUCGGAGUUCAGGUCCUCAGCAGACACAUCCGCCUCUGUGCCUUUGAUGGAACUCAGGUGUUGAGUAACAUCCACACAGUGAGGGCAACCUACAACUCCAAGAGCCCCAAGACCUGGAGCUUCUCUCCAAGGAUGACAGGCAUCCUUCCCACCCUCCUAGACGGAGACUGUUUCCUACGCUGCAACUCGGCAUCUCCUGACCUUGGUAUCCUCUUUGAGCUGGGAGUCACCUUUAUACGCAACUCGACAGGUGAAAGAGGGGACCUGAGCUGCGGCUGGGCUUUCCUCAAGCUGACUGAUGACACUGGAAAUCCACUCCCCAACAGGACCUAUGAGCUGCCAGUGAACGGUGGCACUCCCUAUGAGAAGGGUGUCAUGUUGGAGGCAUCAGUCACCAGAGGAACUCCAGCUGGUGUUUUCCAGCAGAUGCUUCAGACCAGGCGGCAGCCCAAACUCAUCGUGAAGUUAAAAUCAGCCAACAGCCGCAGCAGAACGCAGCUCAGUCUCCUUCCAGACACUCUGCUGCACUGUCUAAGCUGCGUCCACCUGCUGGCUCUACACAGGCAGCUGCUGGCCGACACACUGCUGAUGGACAGACCCACCAUGCAGAAUGCAGAGCUGAUAAGCAGUCCUGUACUGUCUACCUUCCCUGUGCUGUUGGACCAACCAGACCUGCUGGAUGCUCUCAGGAGUGCCUGGCUGGAGUCUGAGACCAGCAUGAGCCGAGCACAGAAGAGAGACCUGACCUACCUAAAACAGGAGUUCAUUAAAGUCUACAUGUCAUCCGUCUACUUCCUCCUCCACUCGCCCUCGCUGCCCUGUCACCGCUGGGCGGACCCGCCCUCAGAGGAGCAGCGAGCCAGAGUCAUCUACGCCACCCUGGAUUCUCUCAAACACACCCAGCACACCACCGGACAGUGUGGAGGCCCCGAGGUGUUUGUCGACCCCAUGCAUCAGCAUCUUGCCUUCGAUAUCACAGAGUUGACCUUUGACCUCCUGCGUGUGGCACGGUGACAGCAAAUCGCUUAAAGGGAAGGUUGAUUAUUAUAAUAACUAGGUGUAUUCUGUUAUUUUGGUUUAUUGUAAAAAAUAAAAUGUGCCAUGAAUACAUCUGGGAACACUUUUUAAAUUUUCUGAUGAUAUUUUAUAUUUUUGAUACUGUCAAUAAAUCUCAUGAGAAAACAAUAUCCAUUAUUUUUAAUACUUUCUGACACCCAAACAGUAAAUGGUGUAUUGUAGGGGACUAUUUUCAGCUGUGGAUUAAUACACAUUUGGUGCUCUAGUUCGAGGCAGCAAGGCUGUGUAUGUGAGACCAACUCAAAAUAAACUGCAGUGCCCAUGCUCAUCGUGAUGACGGAAAGUGUCCCUCAGUGCAACAGUGCAGCUCAGUGAUGUGUUUUGAAUUGUCUUCGGACAACAAGGGAGCUCUACGGCUCUAUUUGUUUUGGAUUUUUGUUGGGAUUUGUUGAAAAUGAAGUGGUCUUAAGUUUUAAGAAAUGCUAGCACAAUGCUAACAUACAGAACACUGAAUACAAACACAGAUGUUUCUGUGUACCUUGAGAUUACAUGAGACACUAAUUAUGGAUAAUGAGUGUGUUAAAUAGUGACACUAUUAGCCUGUUUCCUACGACUAUGUGUUGCCAAAUUUUGUUUAAUUCCUUAAUAAACAUUGUAUUAAAAUCA